AUGUCUGAUCCAUACGAAAACUGCACAAAAGUCACCCCAGACUGUCCCGUCUCAGAGACAACAUACGGGUAUGCCCCAAGCCUCGGCGGAAACGCCAUCUACGCCGUCAUCUUCGCCGUCUGCGCUCUGAUCCAACUGGUCUUCGUCUUCAAGUACUGGCGACAAUGGAAGGGCUUCUCCAUCCUCGUCUGCGUCGGCUGCAUCGGCGAAGCCGGCGGCUACGUCGCCCGGAUCUUCUUGCAUAACAAUCCUUGGAGUGGCGGACCGAUGUCGAUUCAGUUUGUGCUGCUUAUGGUGGCACCAUCGUUCUUAGCAGCGGCGCUCUACAUGACUCUGAGAACCCUGGUGCAGUUUUUUGGCCCGGAGCACACGAGGCUGGCCGAACGAUUCUGGACCUGGCCGUUUGUGACCGCCGACACUGUUGGCUUUUUGAUGCAGUGCGGCGGUGGCAUCAUGGCAUCGGCUGGUGAGGUAAACCCAGCUCUGGCAACAGCCGGCGUUGCCCUGAUGAUCACCGGCGUGACACUUCAGGCGGUGGUGAUGGGCAUUGCCGGUGUUCUUGCGAUUGAUUUCGCUCUGCGCUAUCGCCGGAGGCAGGGCAGAGGGGCGUUCAGGCUGCUGACAGGGAAUCUUGCACUCUUUCUCCUCUCGAUGAGUUUGGCAUUCUUGCUGAUUCUAGCACGAUGCAUAUACCGGAUUCCCGAACUGGCCGGAGGCGUUGGUGGUGCUUUGAUGCGACAGGAAGUCGAGUUCAUGAUCUUCGACGGCCUGUGA